UAGUUUUUAUACGUUCAGUUGUUUUCAUUUUUUCUUACAAAAAAGAAUGUUUCUUUCAAUGUUUCUAGUGUGUUAAAUUUAAUAAUACUCUAACACUUUGUUCUACAGUGGUGUAUGUUCCAGCUGGUAACAGUGAAUUUAUGAAGAAAAUAAGGACUUUGGUCGCCCAGGAAGAAAGUGGUUUUAAAGAUGUUGACGGGCAUUAUUCUAGAAAUGAGCCAUCAUUCCAGUAUGCUGAAAACAUCCCCUCAAGCUCUCCUGGUCCUAAAAAUGAGCACCAAAGGCCAAAGUGUCAGAGAUAAUGAUUGAACUGAUUCUAAAAAUGAGCCAUCCAGUAUUGGUGAAAUCGUCUCCUUCAAGCAUUCCUGGUUUCAAAAUCAGCAUCAAGGCCAAAGAGUCAGAGAUAAUGAUGAUGAUGAUGAUGACGAAGAAGCUGGCUUUGAACCUUCGAGUUCUGACGGUGCGGAAAUGGACUUGGCUACAGGCACAUCUUGUUUCAAGAACAGACAAGAAAGGGCAAGCUUAAAGGAUGACGAUGGGAGUGUUUCUAGAAAUGAGCCAUCCAGUUGUGCUGAAAACAACUCCUCUUCAAGCUCUCCUGGUUCCAAAAUGAGCACCAAUAGCCAAAGUACAGAGAUAAAGAAUGAACUGAUUCUAAAAAUGAGCCAUCCAGUAUUGGUGAAAACGUCUCCUUCAAGCAUUCCUGGUUCCAAAAUCAGCAUCAAAGGCCAAAGCGUCAGAGAUAAUGAUGAUGAUGACGAAGAAGCUGGCAUUGAACCUUCCAGUUCUAACUGCAGAAAUGGACUCAGCUACAAGCACAUCUUGUUUCAAAAACAGACAAGAAAGGGCAAGCUUAAGGAUAAGGCUGGUAAUGAAGGUGAUGGUGACGAAGAAGCUUGCUCUGAACCUUUAAGUUCUAACGCACUGUUAGAAAAAAGGACACAUCUUCACGCACAUCUGGUUACAAGUACAGAGAAGAAAGGGCAUGUAAGGGGUAAUGAAGGUGGUGGUGACGAAGAAGCUUGCUCUGAACCUUUAAGUUCCAAUGCACUGUUAGAAAAGGACACAUCUUCACGCACAUCUGGUUACAAGUACAGAGAAGAAAGGGCGAGCGUAAGGGGUAAUGAAGGUGGUGGUGACGAAGAAGCUUGCUCUGAACCUUUAAGUUCCAAUGCACUGUUAGAAAAGGACAAAUCUUCACGCACAUCUGGUUACAAGUACAGAGAAGAAAGGGCGAGCGUAAGGGACCCUGAAUCUUCUGACACAGACCAUGAUGUGCCAGUAAGACAACCACAUGCAAAACCUGGGCCGUCCACAACUGUAACCAUGUCGGGUCAUCCCAAGAGGCUUCAGAAACUCGGUGAAGACCAGAGUCAUCUUUUGAAGACGCUGUUCAAAACGAAUAUUGCGUUGAGGAAGGAGCUUAAGCGUGAAGACUGUGAAAGAGUAAUGCAAAAAUAUGAAAUUCUACACGGAUUGUCAUGGAAAAAAAUUAAAAAACACGAUUCAUAACUGGAUUACUGCUGAAAAGUGAAAACAAAAAUGAUUUUAUAGCUUUUUAGCCCACCUGCGCACAAUGUUCUCAUGGUGAGCUUUUGUGAUCGCUUUUUGCCCGUUGUCCAUCUUGCGGCAUCAACAUUUGCCUUGUUAAUAUUCUAGAGGUCACAUUAAUU